UCUACUCACCUCACACCUGGCUACUUGUCACACACCGCGGUCACACGUCAGCGGCUCUAUGUCCAUACAGUCACUGAGCGUGUCGCUAGCUAGCUUAGCAACAUUCCCACUGACUUAGUGAGGUUAGCCAACGUCGGACCGUCGUGUGUGUGUUCACAUCCUGGAAUGGAAGUGUUGGGAGAGCAGUACUACAGAGAUGCCAUGGAGCAAUGUCAUAACUACAACACCAGGCUCUGUGCGGAGAGGAGCGUCCGAAUGCCCUUCCUAGACUCUCAGACAGGUGUGGCGCAGAGCAACUGCUACAUAUGGAUGGAAAAGAGACACAGGGGACCAGGCAUGGCUCCAGGGCAGCUCUACACGUACCCAUCCAGGAGGUGGAGGAAGAAGCGGCGAUCUCAUUCUCAUGAGGACCCCCGGCUUAUCUUCCCUCCUCUCAAGUCAGAGGUAGACGUAGGACUGAAGAAGGAUGCUGUCUUGUCAGCGGAUGGCAGCAGCCUGGAGGCCCUGCUCAAGGGGGAGUCAGUGGAAAAACGGACGACCACAGAGCUCCGAGGGUCUGAGGAGGAUUCAAACACAAGUGACUACACCGGAGGCCUGAACCCUGCUGCAAGGAUUAGAAAGAGAAUCCUCGAGCCCGAUGACUUCCUGGAUGACCUGGAUGAUGAAGACUACGAGGAAGACACGCCUAAAAGAAGAGGCAAGGGGAAGGGGAAGGGUCGAGGAGUGGCCGGUAACAGGAAGAAGCUGGACACAGCAGCACUGGAAGAUCGAGACAAGCCGUAUGCCUGUGACAACACUAUCAAACAAAAGCAUAUUUCAAAACCUUCUGAAAGAGUCUGUGGGAAGCGCUACAAGAACCGUCCCGGCCUGAGCUACCACUACGCCCACUCCCACCUGGCUGAGGAGGAGGGUGAGGAGAAGGAAGAGAUGGAGAUCAGUGAGCCCCCCCUGCCGCUGCCCGAUGAGCCUAAAACCCCCAAGAAAGGCCCAGAUGGUCUCGCAUUGCCUAAUAAUUACUGUGACUUUUGCCUGGGAGACUCCAAAACCAAUCACAAAACUGGCCAGUCAGAAGAGUUGGUGUCCUGCUCCGACUGUGGACGCUCAGGCCACCCGUCCUGCCUGCAGUUCACUCCUGUAAUGAUGGCUGCUGUGAAGACGUACCGCUGGCAGUGCAUAGAGUGCAAGUGCUGCAACAUGUGCGGCACCUCAGAGAACGACGAUCAGCUUCUGUUCUGUGACGACUGUGAUAGAGGCUAUCACAUGUACUGUCUCAACCCACCCAUGUCUGAACCUCCAGAGGGGAGCUGGAGCUGUCAUCUAUGUCUGGACCUUUUGAAAGACAAGGCAUCCAUAUACCAGAACCAGAACGCCCCACCAUCGUGAUGGCUGCCCUCCCCCCCCGUACACACUCAUCACUCAACCGUCCCGCAGCAGUAUGGUUUACCCUUCAAGAUGGAUGAUCUUCUCCCCUGACGAGCUGACCUCAGAGGGUGUGUUGAGAACAGGACAAUGAAUUGUGAAAAGGGAAGUAUCCCUUACCAAACUGGCCUCACUUAGCUUCAGAUAUGACUGUUACACAGUUCCAAGCUCAGAUUCAGCCCCAUCAGUUUUUAUUUUCACCUCUUUGCCACAUAGCCAAUUUGAGCAGUACUGAAUUUCAACAAGAAACACAACAUAAACAGCCUAAAUCUGACUUCCUGUUCAGGUUUUUACACAUACACCCACACAGAGAUGCUGAAACCUUCUUUAUCCUGCAACAUACCGAUUUUAUGACUAGAAAUCUCAUUGGAAUCAAGUAGCAUGCCAGUGCUUGCUCAUCGUUUAAAAAGAAAAAAAAGAAAAAGAUUUUAUAAUAUUUAUAUAUUUCUAUGGUAUAUAAUAGUGUUAAGUAUGUACAAAUUGGAAAAAAGAAUGGUCAUGUAAUGGUCUUUUUAUUAGUGCCCAUCUCAUCAUUAUGGAAAUAUCCACAACCACGUUCUUUUAUGACACUGCUGAUAUUUGGUGAUUGUCUUGAUAGAGUUAAAGGGAUCUGUUGAGACUGUAAAUGAUUUUCUAUUUCAUCCACUGCCACUGGCCGCACAGAAACUUCAAACAAAUCAGGAGCUAUGAAUAGAAACCCUGACGUGCUGGUCAGAGUGGCUCCAAAGGCUGAGGGACUUCAGGGACGCAGGUUAGACUUUAGUCUGGUUGUUGACUCUUGUGUGGCCGAUUGAGCCGCGCAGAGCUCGAGAGGAUGCAUGAGGACACAAUAACGUGCAUGUUUUACUCAGGCUUUGGGGCCUUUUUGAGAAAGCCGUUAGCUUUUCACUGUGGCCUGCUGAUAUUUGACUGAAAAACUAUCUUUAAUCUGCACACCUGGCCCUUGUUUGUCAGAUGUGAUAAUGUGAUAAUUAUUCCAGUUAAAAACAAGUCCUACUUGCAUUAUCAGCCAGGUAAAGGGAUAAAAAGCCUUCGUUGCUGUGUUUUAGCAGUUUGCUCAUCAUGCAUCAUAUCCAAUAUCUGUUGAUGUUGUGACACCACUAGAUUAUUUUAAUAUAAUUGAGGACUAUGCGACCUUGUAGAUGGUAACUUGCUGACAAUGUUAAAGCAAUAUAAGAGCUCCUGCAGGAUGCUGGGAUGACAGGGACUCUUGGAAGUUGAGUCACUUUAGGCUCUGCUGGCAGAUAAUGUGCGAUACUGUAAAUUUUCUCUCUCAGAAAAUGCUCUUACAGACAGGGGACUGUGGCAGCAGCAAUUAUGGAUGGCUCCAUAUUGUAAAAAUAAAAAAAAAGAGAUUAUAAUGUGUAUAUGUAUAGUCCUAUGAAGAAUCGGCUCUUUUUGUUACUGCUUUCAUAGUUUUAUUAUGCAAUGGUUUCUUUCUGUGGCAAGUCUAAAAGAAAAAGUCUGGCUGAACUGCUAAAGCAGUUACUUUACCUCAAACAGAAACAGUAUUUAAAGGGUUGAAACAUGCUGUUGAUAGAUGGGAGAGGGAUACAUAGUAAUGACAGCUGCAGUGUCUGCUUCAAUAACUGCAUAUUCUACAGGUAAACAAGUGCAUGCUCAGUAAUCGUCUGCACUCUCAUAUGCUACGUAGUUGUCUCAGCGUUAGGUCGGCAAAGGUGUUGGGAAGUGGUGUAAUAUAAAUUAACCAUGCUAUCAUGUCGUUUCAAUAGCCAACUAACAAUUACUAAAACAUUACACAAGUAUAACUUGGUUUAUUUUCUCAUCACGUUUUAAACUUUGUUAUUUAGAGACAGUGGCUACUAGAAUAUUUUGGCGGUUGUUUUUGUAUUCAUGGAUGAUGUUUGCGUACCUGAUGUGUGGGACAUUUUGGGACUUAAGUGGAGUUGCUCUCUGGUUAAUCCUGUGAUCACGUUCUGAACUGAGAUGCUCUUUACCAAAGCUCCAAACAAGGAGCAAAGCCCAUAAUGUGAUUAAGAGACAAAUUCUGGAACUGCACCUCAACACUGAAUGGUUAAGUAGUGAUGGACCAAGUAUGCACCUUCUAGACUGCACUCAGAGGAUGGACAUAACAAAGAGGGAAGUCCACCUGUUUUUGUCACAUAAUAAUGAUCAUUAUUUUGUCAUAGAUUAUGGUUUUCUGGUCUGAAGCUUUGGCAGACAAUUGUAUGUGAUAACAAAUCAUGUUUUAACCAAGAUCACAGGAUUACAUAGCAGGUGACUUCUCUUAGGGUGGACUUUCAUUUGGAUUGUGAUGGAAUGUUUUAUUGUAUGAAAUUUGUCUUCAGGAAAUAAAAUACU